AUGGCAGCUUUAAUCAAGAAAAGAGUUGUAACCGAGCCACCAUUAAAAAGGUUGAAAACACUACGUUUAGCUUCUACAUCAGGGAGUAAGAAUGGAACAGAAGGAAGUUCUGCUCUAGCUUACAUAGAAUGUCUAGAGAAAUGUAAAUGUGGCAAUGAUGCUUUACAGCUUCUUGUCCGUAUAUCUGAUACUAUAGCUUACAUUCCCCCAGAGGAAGUUCCAACAGUUGUAAAAAAGUUAUCAGAAAGGUUUGCCAUUGAAACAGAAGCUGCAGUUCGAGCUAAAAUACUUUGGAUAUUUGCAGAACUAGGAGAAGUAACACAUGAUUCUACAGAGAAGACAAGGAUUGUCAAUGAAACUGCUGAGCUUUUGAGAAAUGAAGAAUCCCAUAGAGUAAAGAGUCAAGGCUUAGCAACUUUGUUAAAAUUAGGAGAUUUUCAUAGGAAUCUUGUUUUAAAAAUUGCUCGUGAACACUUACCAGACACCUGGCAUGGUGUGCAAACACGUUGUCUUUCUAUCAUUGGUAGAUACUUGACUGCAAAUACUGCAGAUGACACAUUAAUAUUUGUUGGCAACUAUGCACGUUCUCAGGAUCCAAGAGUUCGUGCUCAAGCAUUCGAAACAAUGGCAGAGCUUCAUUCUCAUAGGGGAUGCAGACUGCCGGCAAGUUUCUUUGGAGAAGCUUGUGCCGCGCUUAGGGAUGACUACGAGAUCGUUCGACGCGCUGUUUUAAAAUUGAUAUGGCUGUUAGGAAGAGAAUAUCCUGAGAACAUGAUUAUGGGUUCAGAUGGAGAAGACACACGCAUGGUAGACUGUGCAUUCUCUCAAAUCUGCAGUUUUAUGGGCGAUUUAUCACCAAGAGUCAGAACUUCGGCAAUGACGCUUCUAGGCUCAAUGAAAGGGGUAUCUCAACGACACAUAGAGCAAGCAUUAGACAAGAAACAAAAAAUCGUGGAAGCAGACCGGCCAGAAGUCGAAGAAAAGAGUGGAUCUUGCGGUGCAUUUAUUCACGGUUUGGAAGACGAGUUUUUGGAGGUGCGAACAGCAGCAGUCGAGGCGCUUUGUACACUGUCCUUAGAACAACCGAACAUAGCUAGGGUUGCUCUGGACUUUAUGGUAGAUAUGUUCAAUGAUGAAAUUCAAGAUGUAAGGUUGAGAGCUAUCGAGUCAUUAAGGAGAAUAUCUGCAAGCGUAACGCUUCGUGAGGAUCAAUUGGAAACGAUAUUAGGUGCGCUAGAAGAUUUCUCAGGUGAGGUACGAGAAGGUCUGCACGCCACUUUAGCUGCCAGCCGGCUAGCUACAAGAAAUUGUUUGCAUAUGUGUGUAAACCGUCUUCUUGAAAACUUAACUCGUUAUCCGCAAGAUAGAGAGAGUAUUAGAAGCUGCUUAGCAGCAUUAGGAGCAUCGCAUCCAUAUUUGACAUUGCCUUUAGUACCCCAGCUUCUUGGUCGACAUCCAUUCUUUGACACACCGGAACCGGAUGUUGAUGAACCCUCUUAUGCAAGCGUAUUGGUGAUGAUAUUUAACGCGGCGUUCCAUUGUCCAAGCAUGCACGCUCUUUUCACAGAGCACACAUCUAAACACUAUCAUUAUUUGCGGGACACAAUGCCGCAUCUAGUUCCACGAUUACGGCCAGCUAUAACCAGCGGACCAGGCUUUGAAAGGGAUGAUAAAACUGAUGAGGAGACCGAGCGAGGAAAAGAAUUUUUGGAAAAGGUAGUCACAGGCGUCGAAAAUGCAAGGCCGAGUGGUAGAGUUCAUACUCAGCUCCUAGAAGCUGCAGCCAUUGAUUUAGAUCGUCUGGCAGAAAUGGACUAUCGUAUGGAAGGAGCAGCGCGAUUCACCGCUCUUUAUAUACGUUGUUUGUUGCUUCUAAAAUCCGUUUUAAAAGAAUUCUCAAUGUCGUCUGCAAAUUCGAUAUCAACCAGUCCAUUCCCAAACACUACGACCAACAUUUCGGUUCUUCUUCGGAAUACUCAAAAGCUGCAACGAUUGUUCAGUGGACUAGCUGAAAUCGAUACGAUGCUAGCCAUUGACUUGUGGCUGAAAGCCUUGGCAGUUGAACUGAUACGAGUCACAAGAAGCGUGACUGGAAGAAGUGCUCUUCCACUGACACGAUACUUUCUUUCUGAAGCAGACACCCUACCGCAAGAUACGUCCAAGUUGCCGACGUUUUCUAGAGCUCUUGUACUUCAAAUCCCGACAUUGGCUGAUGUUAAACCAGGAUCAUUGACGCGGUUACUAUUACCGUUGCUUUUAACACCUGCCGCACAAGGUGAGGAACGAUUACCAAGACCAUCGGUGUCAACGCGAUUCUGCAGAGCCAUCAUAGAAGAACCUAGAGGCGAUGCUGACGCCGCAUUGAAAUUCACCGGGGGUCUUCUACUAGGCAUCCCGUUAACAGCUAAACUGUUGAACUUGAGAGACCCAAGUAUACUCCGUGUUAAACUGAGACAUCCUGAUCAACAAGUCCAGUUAUUAUUGCCACGACAGUCCGAUCUACGGUUACAGAAUACGGAACAAAAUGACUACAGACUGAAGACCACCGUUCUGUUGUCUCAUCAAGUUUGGAUGGAAGCGUGCAACGUAGAAAUAUCUCUUGCACUUCUCGUACCAUCGGCGGCACUCGACGAUCCGUGUGUCAUUGAUCUUUGCAAACCGACCAAAGUGUCGAUAGCACCAAAACCAGUGAAGAGAGGUAUCUAAUGAUAUUUUUAUAUAACGGUAGAAUGUUUUAUACAAUAUUCGUUUCUUGUAAAUAAAUCCGAAAUAAACUAAAUCACAUUCUAUGUUUGUAUAAUACAAUUCUGAAAGAUGGUUUUAAAAUCAUCAUCGUUUGCCACGUUACUAAUAACAAGACAUUAUAAAUACAUGAUUUUAAUUGAUUGGGAUGUUGAGAUUCUUUCAUUAAAAGAAUAGUUUGUAUGGAAA